ACUUGCUCCCUGCUUCAAUAUCUCGCAAUCCACUUGCUUCAAACAAUGUCUCCAGCCAAUUCUUGUGCACUGCUCCUCCUCUUCUUUCUUACUCUCUCCCUCCACAUUAACUUUUCCACCUCUGACAAUUCCAAUAUUGGUGUAAGCCGCAGGACAGUGGCUGCGGCUGCGGCUGCGGCCGCUGACACUGUCCCUUUACAAAAGGAAGUUGCCACCUUCCUCCCUAGCGAUAUUUCUCCACCUACUGAGAAGUAUUGGUUCUCAAGGUUGCCUAACACUCCAUUGCCAAAAGCCCUAGGAUAUCUUCCACAACCUAGUCAUUAUCCUUCAAUCUCCACAGAAUUCGCUAAUGAAAUCGUAAGUGUUGCAGCUUCUCAAAGAACCUAUAAACAAGGAUAUAGAUCUGUCAAGCAUAAAACAGCCAUAAAGUCUGCCCUCCCCGACUCAACGAUAUUCUACCUGUACAACGAUCUCCAACCAGGUAAAAGGAUGAGAAUUCAUUUUACAAAUAGUGGGACCAAGGUUAGUUUCCUGCCUCGUCAGGUUGCAGAGUCUAUACCAUUUUCGAGUGACAAAGUACCAGAGAUUUUGAACUACUUUGCACUACAAGUCAACUCAAAAGAGGCUCAGGUUAUGAGAGAUGAAAUAGGAGGAUGUGAGGAGCCAAACAUGGAAGGAGAAGAAAAAUUCUGUGCUACAUCUCUGGAGUCAUUAAUUGAUUUUAGUGUUGAAAGGCUUGGCCUAAAUGUUCGCGUACUCUCAAGGUAUCAUUUUGAUACAGUGCUGCUAGCUCUUCCUCCAUUGCUGCUUUCCAACCAGGAUUUGGAAGCUCCAGUGUUCGUUGUCCAUUCGGUGUCAGCAAUGGUGGUGUCCAAAUAUUUAUCCCUCUCUGCUGGUGUUAUGCGACGCUCACCAGGUGGUGGAGGUCUACGUUGUGAGUUUGAUGAAGAGGAUCGUCCCUUCACUGUUGAGCUUGGAAUCCACGACCAUUAG